UGCACAACGAAACCUGGCAAUAUCGAAAGCUCAAGCACCUCGAAGAACUCUUUCACCCCAAUUAGCAGAGUCAUACCCUAGUCGCAGAAGCCAGCCAAUCCAACGACACUGAUCUUCCGACUCGUCACCUCCCGCAUCUCCUUCUCACCAAUCAAGCGCAACCUCUCAAAAACCUACCGCAAAGUGCAGCACCCUUAAAAGCCAUGGAGCCACCUUCCAAAAGACCACGAUACUACCCCUCAAAGAACAUGAUACGCCCCAUCAUGUCCGCCUCUCAACCUGCCUCUGCUAUUCCACGACCAGGAACUCCUCGUCCCAUCCUCCCUCCACCACGCACGAACUCGACUCCCCAUCCUACAACCAGCGGCAAGCAACUCCCCUCCACCACCUCCGCGUUUCACCGCCGCCGCACCCGCGCCAACGCCCAAGUCCUCGUGGACCUCUGCCCCAACCCCUACGUCCCCUGGGUUGACCCUUCCGGGCUCCACUUCUCGCCCAAACGCCGCGCGAUCCCCGUUCCACGCAGCAGUAUCGGCUAUCCUCCCGGGUUCCUGGGGCAGAACGACAGUGCGUGGGACAAAGAGCUUGAUUUGAAGUUGGGGGAGCCGGCGAUUCCGGUCAAGGAGGUUUAUCGGACGAGUUUUCUGGAGAGGAAUAAGGGGGGUGUGAGGAUGUUUUGGGGGAGGGACGAUUGGGAGGUUAAUGAGGGGUUGGUGUUGGCGGAGGAGGUCAGGGUUAGGGAGAAAAGGAGGAAGAAGAGGAGGGAGAGGGAGAGGAAGGGGGCGUUGAGUGCUGCGGGGCGGAAGAGGAAGAGGCUAAUGGCGGCAGUGAAGAGUGAGGAGGUCGAAGGCGAGGGUGAGGUCAAGAUUGAGGAGGAUAAGGAGGAUGUGGAGAGGAUGGAUAAGGGGGAUAUACCUGAGGAGAGAUGGACGGCGGGGACAUCGAUUGUUCUGGGCCUUUUGCGUAGUCCUAGGUGAUACCAAUUUCGAGACGAGCAAAACUUCUGUUUUCUCACAGCGAGCGUAAACCUCUUUGUUUGUUGUAGGAAGAAAAAUACUUCUACAAAUGUCUUCUGACCAGAAAUCACUUAUGAAUGUGAGAAGUUGUGCUUCGCCGAUCGUAUUUAAGGGGAGAUGAAGACUAUCCGGUAAACAGUAAUAAGUUCAUCUUCAGAAAUGUUCAUGAGACUUCGACUCAACUUCACUUGUGAAAGAGGAGCGAUGUGCUUUAUUGACACUCUCGCCGUCAGAAUCUUUCACAGAGCUUCAAGUCAACUUCAACUGUAACUCAGAAGUCAACACACUGAAGGUGACUGUUGCCUGCAACAAAAUGAC